CAUACAUAUAUGUAUGCCCGUGUAUUUCAGGGACUAAAGGAUUGUGGAUUGUGUUGUGAUUUGUGGGAGUUUUUGUUCCUAAUGUUUUGGUGAAAUAUCAAUUUCACUAUAAAAUUUCUUAUUUCGAUGAAUUUGUCGCAUAUUAUCCAAUUAAUAAAGUAGUGAAAGUGUUCAAAAUUUGUAUCAGCUGUAAACGACUUAUAUAAAAUGUGGAAAUUCGUAGUUACGACUGUUUUUAUACUUUAUUUUAUGCAGUGCAAGGCUCAAUCAUAUGAUGAUAAAAGAUGUAAAUGUAUUUGUCCAAAAAUUGAUUCUGCUUUAAAUUUAACACUUGUGGAUAAAAAUUACAUAACAAAUGUUCCUGCUACGAAAUGUAAUUGUGAGAGUGCUGUUAUAGCAAAACUCAAUACAGAUAUAAAAAUUCAAGACAAAAUUAAAGAUAAAGAACAGAUAAUAUGUGCUAGUUGUGAUUGUAAAUAUGAGAAUAGAAAUACUACUAUAAUUAAAAUUGUAGUUAUAAUUGUUAUAUGGGUCAUAUCUUUAUUAGUGAUUUAUAUGUUAUUCUUGAUUUGUUUGGAGCCUCUACUUAAUAAACGAUUACACAAAGCUACAGGGAAUGUUGGAUACCAAGAACAUAACAAUGAAGAGGAUGACACAUCUGUUGCUCCUGGAAUGUCACAUGCAAUGGGUGUUAGAGGAAAUGUUCUAAAUCGAGUAGGCCACCAACAAGAUAAAUGGAAACGUCAAGUACAAGAACAAAGACGUAAUAUCUAUGAUCGCCACACAAUGUUAAAUUGAAUUGUGUAUAAUGAAAAUUUGAUGUACUUUUUAAUAAUUCUAAUAAGAUAUAAAAUCGUAUGUGAAAUUCUGAGAAUCGAUUAUUCAUUAAUUUUUCUCAGUAAUUGAAAGAGUAUUUUCGUUUAAUAUGUAAAUAUUUGAUAUUUUAUAGAUUUAUUCUUAAUUUAAGUAUUUAAUGUUUACUACAUAAAAUGUAGAACUUUACAUGUGAUUAUUUGAAUGAAAAAAU